AGUAAAAAGAGACCGGCUCUAUCAGGAUCUCGUAUUUUUUCUUAUGGCGUCCGUGUUAUUCUGUUUGGCCUAAAUAAUAUGUUUUAAUUUUUUAAUCUCUUUAAAUGUCGAUAGUGUAAACAAAGAAUGUAAUUAAUAUUUAAUGUUGAGUUUUAUUUAUGGUGUGCACCAAAGUAAUCGGAGAAAAAUGAAUCCCGAUCAACAUUAACUAGUAGUUAUUUGAUUCUGAGUAACUUUGUUUUAAUUGAACGAGAAAUAAGUAUGAAAACUAAUGAUAUUAACGAUCAGGAGUGGGACGUUGAAAAAGGUUUGCCGAGAGGAGUCGCUGCAGGUCUCGGCGACGACGGCCACGGCGAUAGCAGCAGCGGCAGCCCGAACGCCCAAAACAACAAUUGUUGCGACAGCACCGACGACGACGGCGUUCACGGCAAGCAGCGACUCGGCGGCGGCGGCAACAGUAAAAGUACCGGCGGUGGCGGCGGUGGUGGCAGGGCACGCGGGGCGGUGUGCGUCGCGGUAAAAGUCAUCGUCGCCGCAGCGGCGUUCACUGUGACGUGCGCGUUCGUAUGGUACACUAUGGGCCUGCCGUUCCUGUUGCAAGUCGUCGCGGUCGCGAUCAUCGCGUUUGUCGCCAGUGGCGGCUACAAACUCGUCUACCUGGUGUACCGCACCGCUCCCAGAGACGUCAGAGCACUAUGUCGUUUUUAUUACUUUUUGUACACCGCGAAGAAAUUGGGCAAGAAAAAUUGGACGGUCGCAGAUGUAUUCAAACACAAAGUUGUAAAGAAUACUCCGCACAAAGUGUUGUUCGUAUUCGAAGACAAAGAAUGGACUGCGCUGCAGGUUGAAGAAUACAGUAACAAAGUGGCUAAUGCCAUGUUGGAGAGAGGUUUCAAGAAGGGCGAUGUGGUCGGAUUACUGAUGGAAAACCGACCUGAGUUUGUAGCCACCUGGUUAGGCAUGUCCAAAGUGGGCAUUGUAAGCGCGCUAAUCAAUUACAAUCAGAGGCUGGUGUCGUUGGUCCAUUCUAUCAAAGUGGCCAACUGUAUGGGUUUGAUUUACGGAUCCGAAUUGACAUCGGACAUCGAAGAUAUCAAAAAUGAUCUGGACAAAGAUAUAAAACUGUUUAGAUGGUCGAGUACUCCACCGCCCACUAACGACGGUACUUACUUGAACCACAUUCUGGACAAAUCAUCGCCGUCCGCUCCCAACCCUCCAGAAAAACCCGGUUACAACGACAAAUUGCUCUACAUUUACACAUCCGGUACUACGGGUUAUCCGAAAGCAGCCAUCAUUACCAACGUCAGAUAUGUUUUCAUCGCUGGUGCUUAUGCGUAUCAAGUGGGCCUCAAGUACAGCGAUCGGUUCUACACGCCAUUACCAUUGUACCACACCGCCGCUGGCAUAAUGUGUAUCGGCCAAUCGCUACUUUACGGCUGUACCACGGUUAUACGGAAAAAAUUUUCCGCUUCCGGAUACUUCCAAGACAUUUCCAAAUACAACUGUACCGCGGGUCAGUACAUCGGUGAAAUGUGUCGUUACAUUUUAGCCACUCCACCCAAAGCUGACGACACCAAUCAUAAAUUGAGAAUCAUAUUUGGAAAUGGACUGAAACCUCAGAUUUGGAAAGAAUUCGUGUCCAGAUUCAACGUACCGCGGGUCGCUGAGUUUUAUGGAUCAACGGAGGGAAACGCAAACAUAGCAAAUACGGAUAACACAUUCGGAGCCAUUGGCUUCGUGUCUAGACUGAUACCCAGCAUAUAUCCGAUAUCGAUUAUACGGGUAAACCCAGAGACGUGCGAACCCAUCAGAAACGCUGAAGGACUUUGCACAAGAUGCAACCCAGGUGAACCGGGUGUGAUUGUCGGCAAAAUAAUCUCAACCAACCCGUCCAGACAGUUCUUGGGUUACGUCAACAACGAAGAAUCGGAGAAGAAAGUUGUGCGUGACGUGUUUGAUAAGGGAGACGCCGCCUUCCUGUCCGGCGAUUUGCUCGUGGCUGACGAAUGGGGCUACCUUUACUUCAAAGACAGAACCGGAGACACAUUCAGAUGGAAAGGUGAAAAUGUUUCUACAGCUGAAGUCGAAGGAGUUGUUAGUAAUAUUGCUGGUUAUCGUGAUUGUGUUGUCUAUGGAGUAGAGGUGCCGAAUUCUGAAGGACGUGCUGGCAUGGCCGCUAUUGUAGACAAGGAUAAUACUUUAGAUGUAUCCACUUUGUCAACUGCAUUACAGAAAGCUCUGCCAAGUUACGCACGACCGUUGUUCAUAAGAAAACUCAAUGAAGUUGAAAUGACCGGUACAUAUAAAUUGAAAAAAUUAGACUUACAAAGAGAUGGAUAUGAUAUUGGACGGAUUAAGGAUCAACUUUACUACUGUAACAGCAAGGGUAUUUACCAAGAAUUGACUAGUGAAACUUAUUCAGAUAUUUUAUCAGGAAAAAUUAGGUUGUAAAAAAAUUGUAAGAUUAGUAGAUAAAUAUUGGUUGU